AUGGCACAUAUUUACGAGCUCGCACCACAGGUUGUGUCGAACUACACGGGUGGUCGUAAGACCACCGACCAUGUCAAGUAUCCGGAGACUGGAGUGUUUCAAGGGUUCAACAAGCCUUCACGACUCGAAGGCGAUGUUUUUGACCUAGAAUUUGACGGCGUGAUACCACCAGAGAUUAAUGGAACGUUCUAUCGGAUCCAACCAGACCAUCGAUUCCCACCGAUAUUUGAAGAUGACAUACACUUCAACGGCGAUGGGAGUGUGACCGCAAUACGCAUCCAAAAUGGCCAUGCAGACUUCAAGCAACGAUAUGUUCACACCGAUCGAUAUAAUGCCGAGAGUCAAGCUCGGAGAGCCUUGUUCGGGAGGUACCGCAAUCCAUAUACUGACAAUGAGAUUGUCAAGGGGAUCGUGCGGACAGCCGCGAAUACGAACAUCACAUUCUGGAGAGGCGUCCUUCUAGCCUCGAAAGAAGAUGGUCCGCCAUACAUCAUGGAUCCUGUGACGUUGGAGACAAUCGGACGGUACGAUUUUGAAGGCCAAGUUCUGACACCAACAUUUACUGCACAUCCAAAAUUCGAUCCCGAAACAGGAGAGAUGUUGUGCUUUGCUUACGAAGCUGGCGGUGAUGGCCACGACGGCUCAAACGACAUCGUUGUCUGGACGAUUGAUGCAGACGGGAAGAAAACUGAGGAGGCAUGGUACAAAGCGCCCUUUUGUGGAAUGAUCCACGACUGUGGCAUUAGCAAGAAUUAUAUGGUUCUCCCUCUGACCCCGGUCAAGUGGACUUCGAUGGAUCGGUUGAAAGAGGGCCGGAACCACUGGGCCUGGGAUCCGAAGGAAGAUCAGUGGUAUGGAGUGGUACCUCGGAAGGGAGGAAAGCCAGAAGAUAUUAUCUGGUUUCGUGCCGACAAUGCCUUCCACGGCCACGUUGCAGGUUGCUAUGAGAACGACGAGGGACAGGUUGUCUUCGAUCUCACCGUUGCCGAUGGUAAUGUCUUCUUUUUCUUCCCUCCACUGGACGAAAAAGAAUCACCACUAGCCAAAAGAAACCAACUUAGAAGUCCAACGUGUCGAUGGAUCUUCGAUCCGAAAGCCAAGUCCGGAACUCGAGUCACACCGGCGGAGACCUGGCUGACGAACGGAGAGUUUUCUCGAAUCGAUGACCGGUAUGUAACAAAAGCAUACAAUCACUUCUGGCAGGCGAAAGUCGACCCAACAAAACCAUACGAUUUUGCUAAAUGCGGUUCUCCAGCUGGUGGACUCUUCAACUCUCUGGGCCACUAUACUUGGAACGAAAGAACAGAAGAUGUCUACUUUGCUGGGCCGACCGCCACACUUCAAGAGCCAUCGUUCAUCCCGAAACACGAUGGAGGAGAAGGCGAGGGAUAUAUCAUUGCUCUGCUGAACCACCUGGAUGUGCUGAGGAAUGAUAUUGUCAUCAUGGAUGCAUUGAAUGUUGCGAAAGGUCCAAUAGCGGUCAUUCAUUUACCAUUCAAACUGAAGCUUGGCCUCCACGGGAACUUCGUGGAUCAGAGAGAUAUUGAGGAGUGGCAGAAACGUCGAUCUGCCUCAGGUGAUCUGGGGCCAGCGCAGGCUGCAAAAGACCCUUUGCCAUGGCAAGUUAGGCAGAUGGAAACGAGUUCCGGUCCGGCUGAUGAGAAUCAGGUCAAUGGGCAUGCCUAG